AUUCACUAUCGCGAUCUCAAGUUAGUUCGUAGGAGUGCUUAGCAGUAAGAGGUCUAUCUUUUUGAGUAAUUUCUUCUACUAAGAACUUCUAUCAUUAUUGGUAUUUGAAAAGUGAAGACAACAUGGCAUUCAUAAAGGGCAUAAUUUUAACAAUAUUUUACGUUGUCUUUUCUUCGGACAAGUGUAUCGUAAAUUCAUGGAUGGAUCUGAGCGAUACUGGUAAAUUACCUAAAGAAAACGAAUGCGGCAGGGUCGAUCUAUCAAAUCGUAUCAUGGGUGGAACUGAAACACGUAUAGAUGAAUUUCCCUGGACAGCAUUGAUUAUAUACUUCAAUAGAAGCAACGGCGAUAUAGGUUCAGCUUGUGCCGGCACGCUUAUUAAUGAAUUCCAUGUUAUCACAGCUGCACAAUGUGUUGACUAUCAUAUGAUUUUCAAAAAUGGCAUAAAUGUCACAGCCGUACGUUUGGGCGAAUGGAACACUGCCACUGCAAAAGAUUGUGAGAAAGACUCCAAUGGUGUGGAGUACUGCGCGCCACCACCACAAGAUAUCAAAAUUGAUGAAGUUAUAAUUAAUGCAGAUUUUAAUAGGAAACAAAUGUUACACGAUAUAGCUUUGUUGCGUUUGGUGCGUAAAGUCAUCUAUUCCGAUUUCGUUAGUCCCAUAUGCCUGCCAACAUGGGAGUCUCAAAUAUAUCUGGGCUUUUCCGAUGCUACAGCGGAAAUCGCUGGUUGGGGAGAAACUGCAAAAGAAACGUAUAGUAAUGUAAAAUUGAAAGCAACUGUGAACAUAAUUCCUCUACAGGAUUGCACAGGCAAUAUUACGCUUGAUAAUGUUGGUUUCGGUCAUACCUAUGAUCCUUAUCGGCAGUCAUGUGCCGUAGGCGAUGGUAAAAUUGCUUGCAAAAUUGAUACGGGCGGUCCGCUUAUGAUUAUGGAUAAACCUGAUGAUAGUGAUAGAACUGCUUACUAUUUGAUUGGUAUAUUCUCUAGUGUGGAACUUUCUUGUACGGAAAGGAAGCCACCAGCUAUUUAUACGCGUAUACGCCUAUACAUGGACUGGAUAAGAGGGAUUUUGGAGAGAUAAUAUAUAUAUUUGUAUAUCUGUAUUGUUAAAGCAAACUAGAUAUUUUUACAGCAGAAACAAUUGUGUUUGUUAUU